UGACGUACACGUCAUCAUUCUGCGCCGUUACUUUGGCAACAUUUGUGUUUAUGCGCCUGUACACUCGUCCAUGGUCCAUAGGGGAAGACUUCUGGAUUCAAAUAAAAAGAAAUGCGCAAAAUAAGCACGGACACGUUGUGGGACCUGGCAGCAGCCGAGGUCCAGAACCGGAACAGCAACACCAGUGAGGACCAUGGUGGUGGUGAUGGAGCUGUCAGCCAGAGAACCGUGUUCAUAGUGGGGAGCAAGACCGGGGGAAAAACAUCCAUUCUUCUGAGAUGUCUUGACAGGGAUGAAGCAACCAAGCCAACGCUGGCUCUGGAGUAUACGUUUGGACGACGAGCCCGAGGACAUAACACACCCAAAGACAUAGCCCACCUGUGGGAGCUGGGAGGGGGGAACUCCCUCUCGGACCUGGUCCAAAUCCCCAUCACUCCUCUUAGUAUCAGAUCUCUGUCUCUCAUCCUAGUCCUGGACUUGUCUCAACCCAGCAGGCUGUGGAGGACCAUGGAAACCCUUCUUCAGGCAGCACAUACCCAGCUAGGGAAGGCCUGCUCCCAGACUCAGGCCCAUGCCGGGGCCAAGCACAAGGCGAGCAGCUUUCAACCAGCAGCGCGAGUGUUGCCCAAAGAUUAUCCUGACAGAGAGCUUCUGAGUCCCUUUCCUGUUCCUCUGCUCAUCAUUGGCAGCAAAUAUGACCUUUUCUUGGAGUUGGAGUCUGAUAAGAGGAAAGUGAUCAGUAAGACGUUGCGCUUUAUCGGACACUAUUACGCAGCCUCUCUCAUAUUCACUAGCACCAAGUCAGAGCUGCAGAUGUCCAAGACCAAGAGCUUCUUCAACCACCUGGCAUUUGGCCUGGAGAGAGGAAAGUCUGUGUCGUUUGACAGCAGCAAGCUCCUGGUCAUUCCCUCGGGCUCCGACUCCUUCAUCCAGAUAGGCUCCCCUCCUACUAGUGAUGUGGAUAUUGGUUCUCUGCAUGCUAAAAGCCCCUUGGACCUCUGGAAGAAGGUCUAUGAGAGUGUGUUCCCUCCAGAGAGUAUCAGUGAGAAUAAGGAGCUGAAAGAUCCAGCCAAGGACCCCCAGUACAGUGAGCCCCAGGUUGACUCCAUGAGGGCCCAGAAGGACCAGGAGUUGCAGCAGUACAGAAGAAAUGCUGCAAAGUCAUGGAAAGAACUGGAACUGGAUACCUAGUAACACACACACCAACACACACACACUGAUUAUUUCCUAGAUUAUAUAUAGAAAGAGCAUAUCAUUUAUAUUUAUACAUGUACCUAAUUUUGUCAACAAUGUAUUUAGAUGUUAUUGAAAAUAAAGAAUCUUAAAUAACUA